AUUUUCCCCUAUUUCCUCCUACAAACUUGAGCUGGAAGAAUCCACCCAAAAUCUGCUGAAAUCCGUCCAGAAAAAGCUAGCUCAAAACGCAGCUAAAAGACCCAACUGAGACCACAAGCUAGCAUGAAUUCCACUAGUAUAAAAGCAAAAUCCAACCAGAAACAGCAUGUUUAUAUCAAUUUCCACCGAUGGUAGGUAAAAAUCAGAAAAAACACGAUAAAAUUCAAGAAAUCAAGGCAUUCAAGUGGAACUUUUUCUCACUAGAAUUGAGAGCACCUAUCUCUAACCUUCCUCUUGACUUGUAAUAGCAAUUCCCUCUUAUUACUUGAAUGGUUAUAUGUGCUUGGUUUGGCAUUCUAAAAAUGAGCCGAGCUCGCAGUCAUAGCCGAUUGCGUGUAAAUUUGUUGCUAUUCCUUGUGUUAGUGGUCCUUGGGAUUUUCACGUUCUUGAUUUUAUCAAGAACCCUAGGGCUCAAAUUACCAGAAUCGGCAGAGAUGAACAGAAUGAAUUUGUUUCAGUUUCAACCCCAAGGGAAUCCUAAUCCUAAUUCGAAUUAUUCUUCUGUGGAAAUAGGUGCUGGUCCUUAUCACAAUUGGGAACUUUUCGCUGCCGACUAUCGGGAUAUGUUGCAAAAUUUGAAGAUUUUUGUAUAUUCCGAUGUCUCCAUGAGCAAUGAAUCAUCCCCUUUCGCUCGCAUUUUUCUUCCCCAUCCAGAUCCUUUUAAUCCAAAUAUUGGGAAUUACUUCAGCGAGCACAUGUUUAAGCAUGCCCUUCUACGGAGUUCUCUUGUCACCCAACAUCCAGAGGAGGCCAAUUUCUUCUUCAUGCCCUUUUCCAUCAAUAACAUGCGUAAUCACCCACUGUUGCACUCAGAAACAUCCAUCUCCAAUUUUGUUAAACAGUAUACGUCGAGGAUAAGCUUGGAGUUCCAGUUCUGGAAUUCCUCUGGAGGCGCUGAUCAUUUCUACAUCUGCUGCCAUUCAGUUGGACGAGAUGCUGCCUCCAAGCAUCUUGGUUUACGUAAUAAUGCCAUCCAGAUCACUUGCUCGUCCAGUUAUUUUCAGAGGCUCUACACUGCCCACAAAGACAUAGCGUUACCCCAAGUUUGGCCUCGACAGUACGAGCAAGUAGUGAAUCCUCCCGAAGCAAGAGACAAACUUGUUUUCUUUGCUGGUCGAGUACAGAACUCUCAAAUUCGAAAAGAGCUAUUAACUUUAUGGGAAAAUGAUACUUCUUUUAGUCUAUUUUCCGGGCAUCCGCCCUUUCCUUACAAGGAAGGGUUCAGAAGGAGCAGAUAUUGCCUCCACGUAAAAGGUUAUGAGGUGAACACUGCCAGAGUCAGUGAUGCUAUCCAUUAUGGCUGUGUCCCUGUUUUGAUAUCGAACUAUUACGACCUUCCAUUUGCUAAUAUCUUAGAUUGGAGCAAAUUUUCAAUAGUUAUUAGCCAAGGGGAUAUAGCACUCUUGAAAAGCAUACUAUCAUCAAUGCCUAAACAGAUGUACCUGAACCUUUAUCAAAACCUCUGCAUUGUUAGGAAGCAUUUCACAUGGUAUACAACACCUAGAAAUUAUGAU